AUGACAAGAGAUCCUUCAAGGAGUCCAUUAAAGGAGAAGGGUAUUGCUGACGCUCAGCCUAAGCGAAGUUCGUUUCAAGUCCAACCGACGGUGGUGGGGCUCGUUCCUCACGUAUCGAUCGCGGAGCACAGUGGAACUAAGGGUAAUCACAGAGUUGUCAAGAUUAUUGAGGAUCAUAUUUUACAGCGAUCCUCAACUAAAGAGCGUGGGAACCUUAAAACGUCUAUCCUCGCUAAGGGAAUCAAAGCUGGAGUUUCUAAGCCUGUUCGGACCAAAAAGCAUACUCCUCCUAAACUGGGCGGUCGUGCUUUGUUGAGCGAUUGGAUCCAGUCUGCUACUUCCGUGUUAGAUGCAGCUGGGAAAACUGUUGUUUGUGCUCCUCCUAAUGGUGUGGUAGAGCGGGACAUGGAAAUGAAUGCGCCAGAGACAGAACCAAACCGAGGGAGGUGUCAGGUUUCGUAGAUCAUGAUGGGACAACGAGAUCAACAGAGGAGUCUCAACUAAGUACCAGAGAACAUCAAUGUCGUCUUAAUGGGCAUCUAGAGCUCAUGGUUUGAAAGGAGUCAUUUUGUAUAUAUAUAUAUAUAUGGGUUAUUUAUUUUAUUUAUCGAGUUUUU